UCCAGAACCGAUUCCGAGAACCCCGUGCUCUAAUAUUAUUCACGAUAUCCCAUCCGAAAAUGGCGAUACAAUUCCGUUAAAAAAUAAAAUCGCCUGCCCUGUUUCCUUUUUCAUGUAUGUAGGCUACUCGAAUAGUAAAAAUGUCAACUGUUUCUGACAUAAUGUGUUGUAAGCGAAAGUAUUCGUUUAGGUUUUGCGUUUGACUGUCAAGCGUCACAGGCAAAUCGAAACUACGUUUCCGCAAAGCGAUGGCAGGGAAAUACUUCAUUAUCGCAACACUGUCGUUUCUUAUAGCUAAAUUCACAUUUGGUGAAGAUGUGAACUAUGGAUGUACAAAUGGGAAUAUCACACUUAAAGCUAAUAUCAGGGGUAUACCUGAAGAAAUCCUCUGGAAAUGGAAUGGCAAUAAAGUGCUUGAAGUUGACAAGAUUUCAAGUGAAGUAUACAUGCAGUUCAAAGGGCGAGCCUACGUGAACGUUAGUACGGGAGACCUUACGAUCACAGGCCUCACAGAAGGUGACAGUGGAGAUUACAAAGCUGAAGUACAAGUUGAAAAAAAGCUACAAUACUCACAGCAUCGUGUGGAAGUCAUAGAUCCGGUGGCAGAUCCGAUAGUAACCUGCGAGAUGAGCGGCAGCGCAGUAACGCUGAUCUGCGCUUCGGACCUGAGCCUGUCGACCACCUACAGCUGGGAGGGACCCAACAUGGCGAUGCCAGCCUCAGGGUCCGAGCUGCAUCUGGAGAUCACGGAGAGCCGCGAUUCCGUCUAUACCUGCGUGGUGAAGAAUCCAGUGAGCGAGCUCAGAGCAAACUUCACUCUUCAGCACUGCUAUACUGCCCGAGGUGUGGUUACUAACCUGGUCAUAGCUAUUGCUGUCCUUUUUUUCGUUUUUUUGGGAGCUCUUGGAAUAUGGUUCUACUACAAGAAAUAUAAAGUCACAGCAAGUCAACAAGCAAGAUGUGAAAUGGGGGAUAGAGAAAACGAGACACCGCAUGAAAAUGUUCAAUCUCUUGAGAAAGCAGAGCUCGUCCAUGAUAAAAACAAUCCGGACAAAGGAAGUCUGAAGAAUCAGGAGGACAAUUCAAAUUAAAUUCUUCCAUUUACAUCUCUUCCUGGGCAGGGGCAUGUCGAUAAUGAGCAGGGGGGUGUUGAUAAUGAGCAGGGGGGUGUCGAUAAUGAGCAGCGGGGUGUUGGUAAUGAGCAGGAAGAAGCUGCCAGUGGGACAGGAAAUGAAGAGGACAAAUCUCUCACUAGACAGGAAUUCACCAAUAAGGCAGGAGCACAAGAGGAAGAAAAAGUCAAAGAGGGGGUAGCCAAAUGCCAAGGGGGAAAUCUGCCAAAACCCCCCUGGAAAACCCCAGUACCUUCGAUGGGGCAGAGCAGGAAGAGGAGGGAGAGAGAGAGGUUGAAAGUGCACGGAGAGGGAGCGAAGUACAGGAAGAACAAUCCAACACUGAAUCGCAUGAUCACGUUUCACACCCCAGGGACUGAGGCAGACAAAAUGGAGGACAACCUGAACGGUGAAGCAAAGAGCCACAAUGCAAAAAAUGAGUAAGAAUUUAACUCCAAAAACUGUGGGUCAAGAUUCUGUCAAAAAAAUAUUUAAAAAAACGAUAUAAUAUUGUCCUGCCUUACACUAGCCUCCUCUUAGCCCAGGGGGGACUAGUGAGGUCACAGGCAAGGUCGAAUGCUUGAGACCUUGAAGUGUUCAGAAACAAAAACACCCAGUUCCUCCCAGUUUCCGUGUUGACAGUACAUAAGCAGGGUGAGUCAGAGCCACUACAGGAAGCAACAGUAACAGCAAGGGCAGUACCAAAAAUAACACAAAUAACCAAAAAUCCCCUGACAGUAAAGACUCUUCACAAAAUAGCAUGAUGACAGACACUACACGAGGACACACCGACGGCAAAGACACUUAAUGGAAUAACACUACAACACAAGAACUUAUGGAAAGCACCACAGUCCACAGAUAGAAGCUAUGGAGACUGGAGAACACAACUAACGACACAGACACUACACAAAACAACACUAUGGCAGAAGAAGCUCUGGAGACUAGAGCACAGAAAAUGACACAGACACUACACAAAACUAUAGUAUGGUGGAAGAAGCUAUGGAAAGCAACACUGCGACAGGAAUACUCACCACAGCUUUAAGGUCAUUGAGGAAAUAUUGGGAUGUAAACAUGCCUUAAAUAGCUUACUCUGAGGCAAUUCAUUAACCAAUUAUGGAAUAAGGCACCCUAUAGAAAACACAUAGAAAGGCCUAGGAAUCACUGGUCAUGUGUCUUGAAAUGCGGUCAUAUUAUGAAAUACAAUGCUGCUGUUGCAUCCGUCUGUUAACCUUUGUCUAGUCUUAACAUUCUGUAUACUCCCCUUGUAUGACCAGCUUUCACUAAACCCCUAAAAUAAAGCAACUUAUUGAAUUUUAAAUCUAUUUUGCUUGACGAGACAACCUGUCACUCAUCACAAACUUUGUCAUCAAAUUUCAAGUUGAAAAAAGAUUAUUUAGGGGGUUUACUCUGCUGUGAAACAUAGUGGCGGGUCAUUUUUGACCCUUAAGACAACACAAGGGUUAAACGUGCAGGUCGCAUCCGCCCAUAAGGGGUUAAUGGCACCAUAAUGUUUAUAAUUGUUAUUGUUUAUUGUAUUUAUUUAGCAGGUGCUCUGAUCUAAAGUGACUUGGUAUCAUGGUACAAUAUGCAAGUCGCCUGCUCUUGCAGGAUGGGCGAGUUUUGCAGACACCGAUUAAGCCUGGUCCUUGACAAAAUAAUCUUUUGAAUGGAGAUUCUAGAUACAAGCUCAAUUUCGUCGAGGACUAAAGCUUAAUCUGCGUCCUUGAAACAGGUCCCAAAUGUUCUGUGGCGCUACGUCCUGAUAUUAUCCUCUUUGGAUGCUGUCUGAAGACAGAUUCCUGGAAUCACCUGUAUUACUGUGGGAAUGGUCCCACUUUCCCAUGAGCAGCUCAAUCAGGUGAAAUGAUCUUCUCUUCCUCAGUGUUCUGAAGCAGGCAACAAACAAACCCAAUGUCCUUGGAAUCUGGACAUGGUUUUAACCAGUUGUGCGUAUGUGUGAAUUGAAGCUUUCUUUCAUGUUCUGUUCGAUGCUUUGAAUUAUCACGAGGAGCAUACUACCAUGCUUGCUAGUUCCUUGUUACAAUUCUUUGUAUUGGAAUGUUUUGGGUUUUUUUUCAUGAAUUUUGCAAACUGCUGUUGCUUAUGCUAUUGCUUAUACUCCACAGAAAUGUAAUUCAGAUAAAUAAAUUACUGUAGGUUAAAUGUGAA